AGAUACUCAAUGUGUUAGUAUUUUAGGCUCGACAUUAUCUCAUAACGAUUCAAUUCAACUUUACAAACGCCAUCGACAGUCUGAUUUUUGUUCUUUUCGUUUUUUUUUUACUACAUUGUUUAUAAUCUAUCUUGAGUCGAGCACAAUAAAAUGGUUUGUUUAUCAAUAAUUGAAAACAGAACAUUUUUGUCGCUGAUUCCCGUAAAAACCUACCCACCCGUGAGGUCAUUGUUUUGAAGAUCGUUUAUUGGAGGAAUGUGAGAUACUCUUAAGACGCGUCACUUCCUCUUUGGAUGCAGACCUUGUUUCUGUGAAGUUAUUCGGAUUUUUCGCUCAUUAAACGAGGACGUGAUUAGUCGCAGAGUUGACAACUUCACAGGCUGUGAACACCGGAGCACCACCAUGACGCAGGCUUUGGCACAGCUGACCGGAGGACGGUGCGUUCCCGUAUUUAUUUGUCUUUUUGCCAUGAUGAACACGGGCACAAGCGUCACCCAUUAUUCUGUUCCAGAAGAAAUGGAGGAAGGAUCUGUCGUCGCAAAUUUGGCGACUGAUUUGGGAUUGGAUGUCCAGACGCUGAGUGGAAGACAAAUGCGCAUUGAUGUGGUGGCCAAUAAGAAAUACCUGGACAUCAACAGGAGCACUGGGGAGUUGUACAUUUCAGAGAGGAUCGACAGGGAGUUGUUAUGCCCAUUGAAAACAACAACAUAUUGUUUUUUAAAAUUGGACGCGACGAUUGAAAACCCGAUACGUAUGUUUAACAUUGAGGUGGAAAUCAUUGACAUCAACGACAACGCUCCACAUUUCCGCAGAGGAACGAUGCAUCUGGACAUCUCUGAGUCAAGCCCCAUCGGGGAGAGGUUCUCACUGAAUAACGCAGCGGAUCCAGAUGUCGGAAGUAAUUCUGUGAAAAAUUACCAUCUGAGCUCGAGUGAAUAUUUUGCCAUUGAAAUUCAGACGGGAAGAGAUGGGACGAAGUUCGCUGAUUUGGUGCUUAAAAAACCCUUAGACAGAGAGCAGCAGUCGGUUCAUAACCUGGUACUGACUGCUGUGGAUGGUGGAACUCCUACACGCACAGGUACAGCCAGCAUCGUGGUCCGUGUGCUGGACGUGAACGACAACGCCCCGUCGUUUGACAAAGACAGAUACGUGGUCCAGGUGAUGGAGAACUCCCCGAUAGGAAGUUUAGUUCUAAAACUCAGCGCCACUGAUUUAGAUGAAGGCUCCAAUUCUGAUAUAGUUUAUUCCUAUAGUUUGUAUACUUCAGAGAGAACACAGAACAUGUUUAAUCUGAAUCCAGAAAACGGUGAAGUUACAGUCAAAGAAAUGAUUAAUUAUGAAGAAGAUAAACUUUAUGAACUAGAAGUUGUUGCUAGUGAUAAAGGACAAGUCUCUUUAACUGGACAGUGUAAAGUGACUAUCCAAGUGAGUGAUAUGAAUGAUCCAGAAAUUUCUGUUAAAUCAUUUCAGAGUCCAGUGAAGGAGAACAUAGAAGUGGACACAGUGAUAGCUGUGGUUAGUGUCAGUGAUAAGGACUCUGGUGAUAAUGGAGAAGUUGAUCUUUAUAUUCCACAUAAUAUGCCUUUUAGGCUCAGAGAGUCGUCUGACAACUACUAUGAACUAUUGGUGUCAGAACAAAUGGACCGUGAGAAAAUUCCAGAAUAUGACAUAACGUUCACUGUUAAAGACAGAGGUUCUCCUCCUUUAUCUGACAAUGUAACUAUGACCUUAGAGCUGCUGGAUGUUAAUGACAAUGUCCCCAAAUUCCCUCAGUCAUUUUAUAAAAUCCGUGUCAUGGAGAACAACGCACCUAUGGCUCUGCUCAGUUCACUGACAGCCUUUGACCCUGACCUCCAUGAAAACCAGUAUCUGGUUUACUUCAUCAUAGAGAAGGAGAUAGCCAACACCUCCAUGUCCAUGCUGUUCUCCAUCAAUCCAGAGAAUGGUGAUCUGUACGCUCUGAAAACCUUUGAUUAUGAGAUUGAGAAGGAGUUUCUUUUCCACAUUGAGGCCAGAGACUCUGGCUCUCCUCCACUCAGCAGUAAUGUGACUGUACACAUCAUCAUAGUGGACCAGAACGACAAUGCUCCAGUUAUUGUGUCUCCGUGGCGUGCACAUGGCUCUGUGGUGGAGGAAAAGAUUCCCAGAUCCACUGAUAAAGGUUCUCUGGUGGCCAAAGUGAUCGCUUUAGACACAGACUCUGUGCACAACUCUAGGAUUACCUACCAGUUCCUACAGGUGACUGAUGCCACCUUGUUCAGUCUGGACCAGUACAAUGGGGAGAUCCGGACCAUGAGGAUGUUCAGUUACAGAGAUCCACGUCAUCUGAGACUGGUGGUCGUUGCCAAGGACAACGGGGAGCCUGCUCUGUCUGCUACAGUCACCAUCAAGCUGUCCACAGUGGAGACUGCAGUUAAGGCCUACACUGACAUGACUGAGGUUCCUCUGGAGUCUGACCUCUUCUCAACCCUGAACCUGUACUUGGUCAUUGGUCUGGGCUCUGUGUCAUUUCUCCUUCUCAUCACCAUUCUGGUCACCAUUGUGCUCAAGUGUCAGAAACCUAAGAGCAGCCAAACAGCUCCUCCCAGCAGGAACAGUGUGAUCAGUGAGAGGAACUCCACCAUCGCAGAUUCCACUCUGGUCUCCAACGAUGCCUACUGGUACAGUCUGUUUCUGGCAGAGACCAGGAAAGGAAAGCUGGUGGUGAGACAGCCUGUGCCGAAGGGCUCCAGAUACAUUGUGUCCAGUAUCCCGAGAGGAACAGGAGUGACAGAUACUAGUGACUCAGCUGCUUCCACACUGCAGUACCCUAAAUGAGGGGAGUCCAUUCUGCAGUUGGAGGCAUCCACCACCAGCAGCAGCAGCAGCAGCAGCAGCAGUUCAAAAUAAGGUCACCUGCCUCCAUCUGCAUCCUGGAUCUUUGCUGACAUGAUGAGCUUCACAGAUGAAAGGAGGAACACCAUGUCCCCUGCCCAGUCUUGUCUGUCCAAGUUAGUCCAGUUCCUCUUCUACACAAUGUGGAGUUGUCUUGCCUGUGCUUCACGUGGAUGACCACAUGGUGGAAGGUCAACAGCUGCCCCUCCUCUCCUCAAAGCACAUAAAAUUAAUCAAAAAAAGGCCAUUCGAUUCAUUCAAUAUGCAUGAGACUACUUUCUCCAAGGCUUCACCCACACCUUGAGACGCUUAAAAAUGAUCAAACAAAAAGGUAAUUGCAAUGAAGUCGACUGUAAAACUGCACAAAGAGACGAUGAGAUGUUUAAAGAAGCCACAGAAAGUGAAGGAACUAAUGGACCCUGGAUUAUUGAAAUGCCUUUAAGAGACUGAUUUCUCUCUCUCUCUCUAAAAUUGAGUUAAUGGAUAUUUCAUCUCCAUCUCUGUGCUUGCUUCAUUACAGCAUUUAUGUAUUAUAUACUGUAUACUCUAUGUAUACAACAGAGAAGAAGUCAAACAGCACAAUUGAUGUGAGAAAAGCACUACACUUUAUGUGUACACUUUAAAUCAGUAUUUUGUAACGUCGGUCGUCUUUUGUACUUUGUGCUUAACAUCUAAGCUAGGCUCAAAUAAACAAGUGCUAAGAUAUUAGUUUGUGUUUACAGUUACUGGACGUAAGCGUAAGGCCAGUUAUAUACAAGGCCGAAGCAUAAGCUAUUGUUUAUCUAGCAUUCUGUUAUUUUGCAUGUGUUGUGAUAGUGUUGGAUAUUUUAAUACCUACUGGUUGUUUUCAUGUACACAGCCAUUUCUACAUUUGUUUUUUUACCAAAAAAGAACAUUUUUAUUUCUUGGGACCAAAAUAUGAACUAACACAGCGUGUUUACUGAGAGUAAACAAUUAUAAUAAUCUUUCCUUUUCCCAGUUUCAUUCAUUUCUAUAGAAAUCAUCUAUCUUUAGUCAAUAUUUAGAACAAACAGUUAAGAUUUUGUUAAUAGUAUAUAUAUAUAUAUAUAAUUUUUGUUUACAUAUUUCACGGCGUUCCUUUUUAGCAGUUUAAUACAAUGAACCAUUUUCAUUACUGACUGUUUAAUAUUUACCAGCAUAAGUAACAAUUUGAUACUGUAUAUAACUGACAUAUGCUUUUACACCCACUGUAUCAAUGCAUUUGCUAUUUUAUCCGUGCCAUAUGAUGUAUAUGGUCAAAGUAAGUGUGUGACACAGUAACAUUGAUAAGACGUGUAGUUAAACUCAUUAGCACAGGUUACGUUGCAUUACUUGUAUACAAUGUGAUGUGUUCCAGGCAAAUAAACAGAAGGCGCUUCUGUAUGGUGGCAUGAAAACGGUGACGUAUGUAACGACCGGUGAAAUGUGAGCCUGUAUGUUAUCUUCUUGUCUGUGUGAUAUAAUAAAUACAAAGAGAAAAAAGAAAG